AUUCCGUGCAGUUAAUUGGCCAACGACAAACCAACUCCGAUCAGCGAAAAGUUAGUAAAAAAAAACAAAAAAACAAAAAACAAAAAACCCACAAAACUUGAAUUUGCAUUGUUCUGGAGUUGGAAGGGGUUUAGAAUUGGCAUGGCUCUGCUUGGAUCAAACUUAACUGGCGAGGUUGGACUCCGUUUACUCCUCUGCCCUCUCGGCUCCAACAUUGUAAUUCGGACUGCAUGCUGUUCAGUGGGAAUUGCUUUGCCUGUGUACUCUACAUUCAAGGCAAUAGAAAGUAGGGAUCAAAAUGCUCAACGCAAGUGUCUUCUCUACUGGGCAGCUUAUGGCUCAUUCAGCCUCGUCGAAGUAUUCACAGACAAGCUUAUUUCUUGGUUUCCUAUGUACUAUCACAUUAAGUUUGCAUUUCUUGUUUGGUUGCAACUUCCUUCGACCGAUGGAGCAAAGCAAUUAUAUAUGAAGCAUUUGCGUCCAUUUUUGUCAAGGCAUCAAGCAAAAGUUGAUCAAAUUUUAGGCAUUGCAUCUUGUGAAGUGAUCAAACUUGUGAGUUCAUAUCAAGCAGAGAUCCAGUUUGUCAGGAGCAUGGUGGUGAAGAUAAGUGGUUCAGCGGAUCAUAUGCUGGGAGGGGCAACUGAAUCAGAUAGAUCAAGGCAGCCUAAUCCAUCCGAAGACCCUGCGGUGCCCUCUGAUGCUGAGCCUGACCAAAAUAAUAACUAACUGAUUUGUUUUUAAAAUGUUUCUUAAAUCCUUUAGUCAGAUUUUCUGCUUUUUGCAUAGGUGACUGUGAAGCUGUCAAUAUUUUGUUGAAAUUAGAUGCCUAAAGCAUGAUAACUACAAUGUACAGUGGUGUUGCUUACAAGCCUUUUAUUCACGCA